AUGUCAUCUGAACAACCAAGUGGAAAUAAAUUAUGGGGAGGUAGAUUUACUGGAGCUACUGAUCCACUAAUGGAUUUAUAUAAUGCUUCAUUACCUUACGAUAAAGUAAUGUAUGAUGCUGAUUUAACUGGUACCAAAAUUUAUACAAUUGGAUUGAAUAAACUUGGAUUAAUUAAUGAUGAAGAAUUAAAAGCUAUUCAUUCAGGAUUAGAAGAAAUUCGUGAAGAAUGGAAACAAGGAAAAUUUAUUGAAAAACCAGGUGAUGAAGAUAUUCAUACUGCUAAUGAAAGAAGAUUGGGUGAAAUUAUUGGUAAAAAUAUUUCUGGUAAAGUUCAUACUGGUAGAUCUAGAAAUGAUCAAGUUGCAACUGAUAUGAGAAUUUUUGUCCGUGAAUCCUUAAGAGAUUUAUCCAAAAAAUUAAAAGGUUUUAUUGAAACCAUUUUAAAUAGAGCCGAGGGAGAAAUUGAAGUAUUGAUGCCUGGUUACACUCAUUUACAACGUGCCCAACCAAUCAGAUGGUCUCAUUGGUUAAGUAGUUAUGCUACUUAUUUCACUGAAGAUUAUAAAAGAUUACAACAAAUUAUAACCAGAGUUAAUCAAAGUCCAUUAGGUUGUGGUGCUUUAGCUGGUCAUCCUUAUGGAAUUGAUAGAGAUUUAUUAGCUACUGGAUUAGAAUUCGAAGGAAUUAUUGGGAAUUCAUUGACUGCUGUUUCCGAUAGAGAUUUCGUGGUGGAAAGUUUGUUUUGGUGUACUUUAUUUAUGAAUCAUAUUUCCAGAUUUUCUGAAGAUUUGAUUCUUUAUUCAAGUGCAGAAUUUGGUUUUAUCAAAUUAGCUGAUGCUUAUUCAACCGGUAGUUCAUUAAUGCCACAAAAGAAGAACCCUGACUCUUUGGAAUUAUUAAGAGGUAAAAGUGGUAGAGUCUUUGGUGAAUUGGCUGGGUUUUUAAUGUCUAUUAAAUCAAUUCCUUCAACUUAUAAUAAAGAUAUGCAAGAAGACAAAGAACCAUUAUUUGAUGCUCUUACUACUGUUGAACAUUCUAUUUUAAUUGCCACAGGGGUUAUUUCAACUUUGAAUAUAAAUGCCGAAAAUAUGAAGAAUGCAUUAACUAUGGACAUGUUGGCUACUGAUUUGGCUGAUUAUUUGGUUAGAAAAGGGGUUCCAUUCAGAGAAACUCAUCAUAUCUCUGGUGAAUGUGUUAGAAAAGCUGAAGAAGAAGGAUUAAGUGGUAUUGAUAAAUUAACUUUUGAACAAUUUAAAGAAAUUGAUCAAAGAUUUGAAAAAGAUGUAAUGGAUACUUUUGAUUUUGAAGUUAGUGUUGAAAGAAGAGAUGCUAUUGGAGGUACUGCUAAGAGUGCAGUUUUGAAACAAUUACAAAGUUUGAAAACUAGUUUAAGUUAG